ACCUAAACAAAUUGAUAGUACGGAGUACGACCAAAUAAAGCAUUUGUUCUCAACAAAUAACAAAUUGAAGUGGCCAUAAAUAUGGAAGGAAGUUCAUCAUCAAGGGGAAAGGCGGCGGCUCAAGGGAGCAAGGCGGCGGAGAAGGAGGAGGUGAAGUAUCGCGGCGUCCGGAGGAGGCCGUGGGGCAAAUAUGCGGCGGAGAUACGUGACCCCACGCGUCAGGGCGCCCGCCAGUGGUUGGGGACGUUUGAAACUGCAGAGGAUGCUGCCCGGGCGUAUGACCGGGCAGCAUUUAGACUAAAAGGGCAUCUUGCCAUCUUGAACUUCCCUAAAGAGUACUAUUCUAAGCUCCCAAACCCCCCUUCCUACUACCCUUCUUCAUCACUCUCUUAUUCGUCUGCUUCGGUUUCGACGACCACCGGGGCCGGGAAGGGGAAGGAGGUGUUUGAGAUCGAGUGCUACGACGACGGCUUGUUGGAGAAGCUUCUAGAAGACGAUGAUGAGGAGUAAUAGAAUGGAGAAACUUUAAAUUAAUGUUUACUACUGCAAAAUUGUUCAUUUGUGGGUUGUGCUCUCUUUUCAUGGCAUUGUUUGUUGACCCCUAGCUAUCUAAGAGUUCAAAUAAAUAUUUCUUUGUUUGGUGUUAACCAUGACUGAACUUCUAUUUAAUUAAAACAAUUGUUAAUUA